ACUCGGACCACUGACCCCAGCCGAGUUUGGAAUGUGGCCGUCGCUUGGCGCGCUCAGUCCAGAGUGGGGCUUGGGACACCGGCCCGGCGGGAUGAGAGUCAGGGUUUUGUGACUCACAGUUGUUUUGUAUCUUUGUCGCCUUUCAAUUUCCUCUAGUCUUGGGAGGUCUUUGCAAGAAUCCUGAGAUAAUUUUUUUUUUGGACUUAAUCAUGGGGCGAAGGGAAACGUGAGCUCUAGGCACUUUAUAUUACAGAUGUCCCUGAACCUCACAGACAGCGAUCUCCGGGGGUUUCCUUUGGUUUCUCAGUCUUUAAUGUGAUGAACGCCAUCAUGGGAAGUGGCAUCCUUGGAUUAGCUUAUGUGAUGGCUAAUACCGGUAUCCUUGGAUUUAGUUUCUUGCUGCUGUUAGUUGCGUUCCUGGCCUCUUAUUCAGUCCACCUGCUGCUUAGCAUGUGCAUUCAGACAGCUGGCUUGGGUCCGGUAACUAACUUCUCAUGGCUCUCCACUCACCUGCUGCCCCUGUGUCCGCUGAUCGAUUCCUCAGUCUCUGUAAAGCUCUCAGUCCAGCGGUGACGUCUUACGAAGAUCUUGGACUCUUUGCGUUUGGAUUAGCUGGAAAGGUGGUGGUGGCAGGCACCAUAAUAAUUCAGAAUAUUGGAGCUAUGUCUUCUUAUCUUUUAAUUAUUAAAACAGAGCUUCCUGCUGCUAUUGCAGAAUUUUUGCCUGGAGACCACAGUGGGUCUUGGUAUCUCGAUGGACAGACGCUCCUACUCAUCAUCUGUGUUGCCAUUGUGUUCCCUCUUUCACUGCUUCCCAAAAUAGGCUUUCUUGGCUACACAAGCAGUUUAUCAUUUUUCUUUAUGGUGUUCUUUGCCCUUGUGAUAGUAAUUAAAAAAUGGUCCAUCCCUUGUCCUCUGACCUUAAAUUGCAUCGAUGGAGUGUUCCAGAUUUCAAAUGCUGCAGAUGACUGUAAACCAAAGCUCUUUCAUUUCUCCAAAGAGAGUGUUUAUGCCAUACCAACCAUGGCUUUUUCAUUUCUCUGCCAUACCUCAAUAUUGCCCAUAUACUGUGAGCUUCAAAGCCCCUCAAAGAAAAGGAUGCAGAACGUAAGCAAUACAGCAAUUGCUCUGAGCUUCCUGGUUUACUUGGUAUCUGCGCUCUUUGGAUACCUCACUUUUUAUGACAAAGUGGAGUCAGAGUUGCUACAAGGUUAUAGUAAAUACUUGCCACAUGAUGUUGUUGUCAUGGCUGUGAAGUUAUGCAUACUGUUCGCUGUGCUUUUGACAGUUCCUCUAAUCCACUUCCCUGCCAGAAAAGCUUUAAUGAUGCUACUUUUCUCAAAUUUUCCAUUUUCAUGGAUCCGGCAUUCUCUGACCACAUUAGCACUCAACAUUAUCAUUGUUUUACUUGCAAUAUAUGUUCCUGACAUUAGGAAUAUGUUUGGUGUAGUUGGUGCCAGCACAUCAACGUGCUUGAUUUUUGUGUUCCCAGGGCUGUUUUACAUGAAACUUAGCAGAGAGGAUUUUCUCUGGAAAAAGCUUGGGGCCUUGCUCCUGCUCACUACCGGCGCCUUGGUCGGGAGCUUCAGUUUAGCACUCAUCAUUUUUGACUGGGUCAACAAUGAAAAAAAAUUUUUUCUAUUAUAAAGAAUAACUUACCUCUGUAAGCAAGAAGGAAUCAUUCUGGAAGGCAUUGGAUAUGAAAGUCACACUCAGGAAAAUUAUUACCAGAAAAGCAAGACAGAGCAGCAGGAAUUUAGUCAAUUUAUUUUGAACCAAAAAUUAGAAAUAUUCAAAAUGUUGUUCUUAAAUAUGUUGAGUCACUCUUUUUUGUGGGAAUUUUAUUUUAUUUUGUUUUUGAGACAGGAUCUCACUGUAUUGACGAGGCUGGCCUUGAACUCAUAGCAUCUGCCUGCUGCCACUUUACAAGUACUGGCGUUAAAAGUGUGCGCCAGCAUCCUGGCACAUGCCUGCCAUCAUCCUGGCACAUACCUGCCAUUUGUGACUUUUAAAAAAAAUAAAUAGCUUUUAUUUUUUUAGAGUAGUUUUAUGUUUCCAGAUAUAUUGAGUAAAUGAACUAAGGGAUUCCAUUUGACUCCCUACAAGGGUAGUCUAACCUCAAGCGUUCCCUGAUAUGAAUGCCUUGUGGCAGUAUAGCAUGUUAUACCCAGGAAUGAUAAAGGUCUGAGUGAGGGUUUGUUCUUGGCCACCACUGAUCUUUUUACAAGAAUGCCGUGAUUGGGAUCAUGUAGGACUGUAGCACGAAUCUUAAAUGGUCUUAUUAAUAAAAUCAAACUUGGAGCCAGGUACUGGGGUGAAUGCUGGAAGAUCAGAGAAGCAGAACAAACCACAGCCACCUCACCUUGCCAGUUCGUCAGCUGAUCCUGUUUCCUCAGACUGGAAGCCUCUGUGUCCUUACAUCCAAAUGGAUCUCAGCUGAACUGUUGCUCAAAAGUCUAAAAGCUUAACCAGCUAGUUUCUGGUCC